AUGUAUUUAAUCAAAAUUGACACUUUAUUCGAGACUGUUCGACGCUUGGAGCAGUCGAAUCAGCAGCUUUGGCAAAGAUUUAGUGGCCUUAGCAACGAUAUAACUGACCAAAAGUUAAACGAAAUUGGUACUCAACCCAAAUUUGAGACUCCCGCCUUGGCGACGCAGCACAUUACAGAUGCUUGGAAGCAGUCAGCAUUAUCACAGGUGAAUAGUCAGAUGAGUUACCUUCACUCUUUUGAUCCGGGUGAGAAGACGCAAUUUCCGCUGAAAUUUCCAUGUGCUCGUACUGCUUGUAACAGCCGUCUUUCAGCAGGUCCAUUUGCAACCAAAAUCUCAAAGCUGGAACACACACACCCGACAACUUACCAGUUUUCACCUACAUUUUUAGAACCUGUUAAAGCUGAUGAGACGGUAGGCACCGACCAUGGUCCUCGAGGAAUAUCGAAGUACACACAGAUGAGGGAGGGCGUCAAUGGUAUCUACCCAAUAAACACUUCCCCAGCACCGGUUGAAAAGGAGAGUGUCGCCCUGAUGCCCCUAGUUGAGGGGCCAGGUUCUAUUUCAGAAGAUACUGUUUCCCCACUUCCAACGUGUAGACAAGGCCUGAGGUCUGUCUCGGUUGGAACAACAACACGGUUUGAUUCUCCAAAUAACAAUUACCUUCAAUCUGGCAAAAUUAAAGACACUUAUGAUUACUCCAAGGACGGCGAGCUCACGUCAGUGAUGCCACGCCCAAGGAUGCAGAACCUAGUGAUGCGAAUGAUGCAGGAGUCAGAGGCACGUGGGGCCGCCGGUGGCAAUCCACAGUCGCAGCACCAACAGCAGGAUUCCACUCUACUCAUGGUCCAUUCAGACAAUGAUCCAUUCACUAAUUACCCGGGCAUGGGCAAAUUUCCUCCAAAAUAUGUGCGACGCCAGCUCUGGACCAUGGAUACAGUGGGUACCUCCUCCUCAGCCUCGUCCUCCAGCAGCAUGGGUACUCCCUGCAUUCCCUACAACAAUGGCGGUAGCAAGACGGCUGGCGGUAUGCGUGGCGCUCGCAACUCCAUCCCUGUGCCAUGCAACGUCUCCGCCUCCACUAUCACAGGCAACCCUCAGAAAGUCGCGGUGAAAAUGGAAGUAGGACAGGCACGAUCAAUGAUCCUUAUGGUGCUGGAAGAGCUAGUAAACACAGAGAGCUCCUAUCUCCACAUUCUCUCCCAGUUCCUCAUCCUUCGGGAUGAGAUCUUUGCACCUAAUUGGCGAAUCGACAGGCAGAAGUUCAUACGACUUUUUCCUGCGGCAGUGGAUGACCUCUGCAACCUUCAUCGCGAGUCUUUUGAUGCCAUGAAGUGCGCCUUCGACCGCACAGCCGAGGAGAUGCGUCACUCUGAGGACACCUGGGGUGAAGACCUCCAAUUACCCCACCAAAUCCACCACCGUUACAGCCAAUAUUACAUUCAACGCCACCGACAUCCACGUGGAAGACUCGGCAUGCUCAGCGGAGGUGACGACGAAGCUAGUGAUGAUAUUAACUCCUCCCUCACUACUCCCUUUAGCGUCCUCCUGGAGAUGAUUGAGGGGAAGCGGCCUCUCGCUUGCUACUCACACAGUCGCUCCGCAUCCACCACUGCCACUGCUGCUGCCACUCUCUACUAUCGCAGAGCACCGCUCUGGUCCACUGCACCUUUCUUUAAGCUCUACGCUCGAUACCUUUCCGAGUUCUCCGGUGCCAUACAAAUGCUUAACAAGAUGCGCUCUGGUCCCACCAGCCUACGUAAACACCUCAAGCAGCUACAAUCCCAUCCUGCGUGCGAGUUUAAUGACAUCACCACCUACCUUUUGGCUCCUGUCCAGCGUCUUCCUCGCUACCUUCUGUUGGUCAGGAAAAUGAUCCAAUACACGGAAAAGAUAGAGCGGUUCCAGAACAUUCCUCCCACUAAACGUCCACGUCCACGAGCAGGCCUUCGGUGCUCUACAACUCCUUUGCAACCAGCGACCACGACACCAGGGUUUCCAAGUCUGGAUCUGCUGAAGAAAGCAGAGGAGGCAUUGCACGGAAUGCUUCUGGAAUUGGACGAGAUGAUUGGUGGUGAUGCGAUGGAUCUCAAAGUGGAGGCACGUGACAUUACCUCAGGUGGCGGGGAAGAGGAGUACGAUUUUGGGCCUGGUGGUGGUAGUGGUGGAAGUAGUGGUUUUAUUAAGGCCAAUUCUGUGUACUCCAACAACUGUUCAGACAGUGUGGAUGUUAAUAGCAACACCACUACCUUUGAUAACGUCUCCACUGAAGAUGAAAAAGACAGCAAACGUCGACGGGCGCAAUCAGUAGUAGACCCGACCAGGAGAAAGAUGAGAUCUAGCAGUACCAGUUUCAGUGGUUGUAGUGGAGGCGGAAGCGGAGGCUUCUGGAGUCGUUUAAAACGCCUUCGACUCGCCUUUACUUCGAGCCAGCAAAAGAAGACCUUUCUUAAAGCGAGUGUCAAUGGAGCUGAAGCGCACAACUGUGGAAACACCACCGCUCCGAAAUCUGCACAAGAGUCUGGAGCAGAGACACUUCGAAGGCGUUUUACCAGACUCCCUCAAAGUCAAGGUGCUGCAAAGAGACCGAAAUCGCUUCACAGGACGACCAGUAGUAUGGAGAGGAGUAACACUUCAAAGGUAGAAACCUGGCGCAGAGCAUCUUCCGCGCGACCACACAACCAAACGGCACCGGGCAAAUCAACGACCCCGCAUAACCCUCAACGUUCAACUCAGGAACAGAAACAUCAUUCAGACAAGUUUGACAAGCGUAGAGGAAACCGAAAAGGUCUUCCCACGCGGAAAGCUCCCAGGGCUACGGAGAUUUCAAAGCCAAUGUUAUUUAGCUUUUUGCAUGGAGAGGGUCGGUCCAAUGUCCCCUCUGUGAAGUCCGGGAAGCGUGGCAUUAAGCAUACUAAUAAAUCCGAUCAUCGCAGCUCGAUAGGCAACACCCCCAUCGGGGCUGUGACGAGCACGGCGAAGCCAAGUACCACCAAAACAGACAGCGACAGCGGAGUCCACACCCAAACGGAAGAGGAGCGACGUCGUCGUCGCCCUCAGCCCUAUCACCAAGCGCCGCUUUAUCGUGAGCAGCCUGUCUUUAGCACCGGUCGAUCGCGGUGGAUCGGGCGCCCUGGUCACACGCCUUUCGCCACCACAACGACUACAAGUCGACAGUCCCGCAGCAAGUGGCAGCAACAACAGCAAGUACCACGGCACCAGAGUCAGAUGAAGCCGCUACGAAGCAGCGAUAGCGAUGCUGGAGGUCAGGCAGAGCAGGAGGCCAGCCGCUCUGCCUCUCCCACGCUCUCUUCUACCUCCUCAAUCACAUCCUCCGCUUCCUCCGCCACUGCUGCCGAGUCCGCCUCCGCCCUUGCACCCACCGUCUCCACCAGCUACUCACUGUCCAACGUGGACCCUCACCUCCAACCAUCACGACCGGUAGUUGGAGUGAUCUCGGAGGCAAUAAGAAAGAUGCGGGCACCUACACCUGCGCCUUCACCACCGAGUGCCAUGAUGGAGACGCUGGUGCAGGAGGAGAAUCAAGCCAAAGUGGAGGUCCAGUGA